AUGGACCCAAGGUACCCAAUUAUCCCCUACCUAGAGUACGGCAUGUCUAUCGAGGAUGCCGGAACCGCCAUCGCCCCUGCCACGAUCACUGAACCCUCGGCCAGUGCCAGAAGCCGUCAUGGUGGCGCCGCUACUGCCCAACGAACCAGGCCUGCAGCCACCUGGGCGCGCAUCAGUGCCGCAGUGCUUGACUCAUUGCGCGAUCUCCACUAUGUCCUCUCGUUAGGCGGCACCGUCCAGCACGUUUCACCCAACAGCGCCGCAUUACUGGGUUACGGCCCAGAGGAACUGUUGGGCACCGUGCUGGCGGACCACGUACACGAGGACGACGCACCUGUGUACCGGGAUGAGUUACGCGAAGCAUCGUCCACGGGCCGUCCCUUCCGCUUCUAUUGCCGCAUUCGAAGCCGUGUCAAUGUUGUGGGUGCAGGAACGAAUGCUGAUGCCGCCCUCUUUCACUCCGGAUUUCCAGAGCGAGAUCUGACGUCCUCUCCAACUUUUUCCGUCUUCGAGAUCACAGGCCGCUUCCAUGAGGUUGUAACACCUGGCCCCAUCGCUGUCGGUAUCGGCGUGGCAGUCACACCGCCCGGCGAUGACGGCCUCUUCGUCCUGAUGGCCCGGCCCUACCCCCUCGCCCAAGGCACCAAACUUGACUCCUUCUUGUCUCUGAAGAUCGAAAACGAGCGGCUGACCGCACAGCUGGCCGCGCUGAGAGCCGAACAGGAAGAGAAAGAUACUGACGUCUACGCCGACGGACAUGAUGGCUACUACCAGACACGUCAGUACUCCAUGGAGGCGUCUUUUCCCGCCGCUGCCUACACGACUGCCGCCGCCAUGCGGCGUCCCAGCGACGGUUUCCCAUGGUUCGACGCCACGCCCGCGAGCAUGACACUGACGACCGGCUCCGCUUCCUCUUCAGCGCAAGAAUCCGUCUUCAGCGGCAGCGCCAGCAGCAUGUUCGGCCCGGCAAGCAGCAGCAGCACCAACACGUCGGCCUCCAUCAUCGCCGGGCCCUCCCCCUCGUUCCCCUCCUCUUCCUCGCGUUCCGGCGGUGCCGCCGUGGCUGGCCGAAAGCCACCACCCCCUCUGCUUUCUCGCACCUUUAGCACGACCGCCGUCCCCGGCACCAUCGCCGCGACGACCAGCCGUAGCGUCAAUAAUGCCAUUGCCAUAGAUAAUAGGUCCCCUCCGACCAAUACACCUACCGUCAUGGAGGGCGACGUGGGCAUCCCGUUCAUCGUCAAGGCCCUGACGGGCGCGGGCUUCAAGAAGCGCGCCAAGCUGCCAGUCGACGACUACGUCUGCUCCUGGUGCAGCACCACCUCUUCCCCCGAGUGGCGCAAGGGUCCCAGCGGGCCGAAGAGCUUGUGCAAUGCAUGUGGUUUACGCUACGCCAAAUCCCGAAGGAAGAGCGGUCAAAGCAGCGGUGGUGGAGGCAGUGACGGCGGCGGCGGUGGCGACAGCAGCAAUGGACCAGCGACGGGACCUAAUCCGAACGGAGGCGGUGCCGCGUCGGCCGGGUCGACGACCGUUGGACCCGUGAAUGCUUGA